UUCAGAUUUUGUAGGCUCUAAUAGUAAGCAGUGAAGAGGAAGAAAGAGAGAGCAUAAGAGCAUUAUGAAUGGGAACAUGGAGGAAACCUUGACUCUUCUAUUUUCACCUCUAGUGUUGGAGGUGCAAAUAUUUAGUUGUGUGCUUUCCCGAUGCCUCCCAUUCCUAUAGUUCUUGAGCACUCCUUCCUCUUCCCUUUGGCUUGCGCAAUAGAUUAUUUGGUGUUUCCCGAUGCCUCCUAUUCCUAUUAUCCCAUAAGCGAGCUAGGACGAGGAAGAAAGAGAGGUCCUAAGAGCGGUGAGAACGAGAGCGUAGAGGAAAGCCUAACUAAUUGGUUUGUCAUCUCUUGUGUUGUGGUGGAAAUUUGGUUUGGUAUUUCCCUAUGCCUCUCAUUCCUAUCGUUCUUAUGCGCUCCUUCCUCUUCUUUUUUGUUUGCUAAAUUGCUUUAUUAUAAAAAGAAAAUAUACAUGUGCAUAUAUUCAUGUUAUAUGAGAUGCCCACCGCGAGACAGAAAGUGGAACAAAAGUGGGCCUAAGAGCGGUGAGCAUGGGAACAUGAGGGAAGGCUAGAGACCUCAGUUCCUCUCUAACAUUGGAAGAUGCUUUGUUUUGAGUUUUCCUAUUGCCUCCAUGCCUAUUUUUCUUUGGUGCUCCUUCCUCUUCCUUUUGGAUCACACAAUAUAAAACGGAUUCAUAAUAUUAAAAAUAUUUCAUUCAAGUUCAUACACUAUGCAUAGUUGGAUUGGUAUUUUCUGUCUUUUGUUUCUUUGGCUAGCCCUAAUCCAUUCAUAAGAUAAGAUGUUAGCCUAAUAGGCCAGCUGGUUUAUACUUGAUAAUUUGGUAGUACUGUUUCAUAUUUAAGAUUCUACUAGCACCAUGAAACACAUAAAGACAUUUAGUUUACCUUUCAGGUAGUAUAUUAUGAAGUACACAUCGCUAUAUCUGAAAAAGGGCCAGAUAGUCGUAGAAACAUAAACAAACAGUUUCAGACUUAUUAAGGUGAGACACAAAACUUUAAUGCAUAGAAUGAUGCAGAUUCUUCGCUAGUUCCCUUAUGUGAACUCAUGAUGUAGAGAAAAUCAGGUGAAUGACCCACCAAUGCUGACAAAUGUAGCUAAGAGUCAUAGCAACAAUUAGAGUGAGAAAGAUGGUAGUUAGCUCACAGGAGCAUAUGCAUUGCAGGAUUUUUUAGCAUCCACCUUGUAAAAUGAUGUGAAUAGAACAAACUUUUCCUAAAGACUUAACACAUGGACAUAGCAAACUAAUGGAUAUAUACGCAGGCUAGCAAGAAACAACCACUUCGACAACUCUAAACUUCAAUGGAAUUUGUACACAAUCAUAAGACAAUGUUUUUUAGAGAUUG